AUGCAGCAGAAAGUACUUAUCGUCACGCCAGUUGCCUUGUUUGAGGUUGUGGAUGGAAAGACCGUGGAACGUGGGAAUUGCGCGUGUGCGGUCGUGGGGCUUCCCGCAGAUCGUCCCAGGUAUAGCCUGGUAUGCUACAAUGACCGCCGCGAGACGCUGUGCGUGGGAUCCAUUUCCUCAACCAAUGAACACGGUCUCCAGUUUGAGCUACAGGCGAGCCUAUACGCUAGUUUUCGCGACACCGCCGGAAAGCGCUGGAGCUGUAUGUUUCUAAAGGAGUCUCAGAUGGAGUCUUUCUUGGCGGUGCUUGGGAUUGCCCUCUACGCCUUGGCAGGCCAGCCUGCACACGCGACCGUCAUCGGCGACUUUGCACCACCAGCAGGGGAGAUCAGGCUCGGUCUGCAGCAUCGUGUGAAGGUGCGUUAUUCCGCCUUUGCCAUUCGCAAAGGUGAUGUCAUGAAGCUUGGGGAGCUGCUGGAGACGAACGGGGACCGCCCGUACAACUUUCAGCCAGUGCAGUCAACGAUGGCGCUUCACCCAGAGGCAAAAGGCUUUGAGUCGAGUGUGCUUGGGAUGAUGGAAGACACGUGGCGCACCGUCGUGGUGCCGGCGACGCUUCCGCGCUCGGGCGGGAGGCAGCUGUACGGCGGUGACAGCGUGAUCUUCGUGCUGCAGGUCGUCCGCAUUCUUCACGAUGACUCUCCAAUGACGGCAGAAGCCAAAGUUCCCGCGGUCUUUGCCGCCACCACCGACAACGCCUCCGCCUUGGUCCCGUUUUCUGCGCAGACGAGGGACGCGAAUGGCACAAAACUUGUUGUGCUGCACAGUGAGCGGAGGGAGGGGAAUACCGGUGGCGAUGUGUCGCUUCUUCAUACGUCUGCCUGCGGUCUGGAAGGCGGCGGCGUACCCACGGAGCACAUUGCAAUGAUACAAAAGUUGGGGGCGCAGAUUGGUAGAGCCAUAACUGACGCGCGUGACGUGCGCGACGUUGCUGUGUGUGUCACUGGGGAGUGGAAGCAGGCCGUCAACCGACCAACGCCGUCGGCUCUGACGAACGCGGCCUUGGAGCAGUCCGUGAAGCAGCUCAUUAUGGAGAACGAACGCGUCAUGGAUGACAUUACACGCCGUGAUGAACUGCUGCAGGCUCUUGACCAGCGGAAUCGCGAGCUGCAGAAGCGUGUGGAUGUCGCAGCCAUGGUGUCACAACAGCUGCUCGACGAAAAUAAUGAUUCCGUACGCACAGCCUCGGACAUGAAGCUGGAAAAGGAACGUCUUGUCAUGAAGCUGCAGGAACAGAUUAAUCAGGUGGCUCAUGAACGAGAUGACACCCAGCGUCAUCUUGAAACCGUCAAGAAAUUACUUGGGGUCUCCGACGAGGAGCUGAGUCAGCUACGAGGCAAGUCUGACGUUCACGCCAUACAGUCAGAGAGUAUGAUGACAAAGUUAAACACCACACAGGAUGCUUUGGCUGAGGAGCGUGCACGUCGCAAAGGCCUGGAGGCGAAGGUGAUGACUUUGCAGGAGGAGAUUAGAAACGCUGAGUCCGAACUGCAUCUUAAAACUGCCCAACUGGAAGAGCUGCGUCGCAUGGCUGAUAUGGAGCGGGCACACUAUGCCCAAAUCAUGGAGGAUGAGCGGCAACGUCGUGGGUUUGAGGCACAUCAAUUGCGUAGUGAGAUUGUGUCGGAUUUACAGUUGCGCGACGCCAAGUAUCAGGCCGAUCGUGCGCGUGUAGCGGAGGACAACUUUGGACGUGGGCAGGCUGAAGGCAAAGAGAUUGGCAGACGUGAGGCCCGCAUUUAUGUGGAUACUCAGCUGGAAGAGCUCCAGCUUGACGCACAGAGGGCUCUGACGGAGCUGGAUACAUCCAAAACCGAUCUACGACGUGCAAUCGAGGAGGGCAUGGCACAAAACCGCACAUUGGGGGCCAAAGUGGCGAAGCUCAAAAGGCAAAUGUAUGAGGAGACGCGAAAACGAGUACGGUUGGAGUUUCAGUUGCAUGGCAUGCGCAUGAAAGUACGGUGUGCACGGGAUAACCUCAUGGCUGCCUUUACAUCUGCUGUGUAUCGACUGCAGCGACCAGCGGAGGUAGCGAACUUAGUGCAGCUUCUGGACGCGGUAAAGCAGCGGCGGAAGUUGGACUUCAGCUUUGAGAAACGGAGCCAGGCGGCUGAGGAACUGGCGUCCGUGCAACGUCGCCUUGAAUGGAUUGAGUCGAGCAUGCUGUCUCUAUAUCGCAGCAGGGCUGAGGCUAUUUAUCUUGCCUGGGUGGAACCACUGCUGGCGGAGCAGAAGGCGACAGUGGAGGCGGUGCGCCAUCUUUGGAUGGAGCGCGAUGGUAGCGCCUACUAUGAACUCAGCGCGGCAGAAACACACGAGCGCUUUGUGAUUGGGCAAGCAAUGGAAUUGUUCUUUCAAGAACUCUCUGCGUUUUUCACGGAGCAUAUGAGACAGCGCGGUGAACUCUUUAAUGACGCGGAAAGAGCAUACAGAGAGAGUUUGGAAGAUUACAUGGCGGCCACGGACGCGAUCCAUGCACAUCGGCUUGGCGAACUUCAGGCAUGGCGGGAACUGCAGGCGGAGUGCAUGGCGGCACGCAGUGCCACGGAGGAGGAACAGGUGACGGCAUUCCGCUGUCUUCUGUUGGAGGCGCUGACUGGAAUGAUCACAGCGGAUCAAAGCGCCUUCAUGGAGGCAGAGGAGCGGGAACGAGCCAUUGUGGAUGCGGACCAGUGUGCCGAGUUUAGCGGGAUGCUCUUUGACUGUAGCGAGGGGCUGGAAGCGCUGCGGCAGCUCGCGGCUGUUGUUGAAGCGCAAAAUAACCUGGUGGCGGCAGAGGCACAGUCCCGCGCGGGUAUUGCGGCGGCGGAGGGGGGUGCCCUGGGGGAUCUCACUGAGGAGGAGUUGCGAGAGCGACCACCACCACCACCACCGCCGCCGCCGCAGUCGACGGUUGUGGAGGAUGCGAUCACCAGCGAAGGCACGCCUGGCAUGCAUCGUCUGCAGCGUUCCGUGGAGAGGGAGGGCGAGGAAGAGGCGGCGUCGUUUUGCGAUGGGUCGCGGGUUCUGCAUCCAUUGGAAGGAGCGGACCAAGACCCCGCGGCGUGGGAGCACGCAAAAAGCGAUAGCAGCGAAGCACGCUCCACUGCGGCUCCACCAUCACCGCCAGCUGCUUGUGUAGCUUCGCGGCCCACGCAGGCGGCGGCGGUGAAGUCCAACCUCUUCGGCUUCUCCAGUGGCGACGACGACGACGACGCGGGGAUGCAAGGCUGGUGCCAGCGGUGCAGCGGCCCGCGGUGA